GAGCGGCUUCUUCCUGUUUGAGGUGAAGGCUACAAAACGUGUCCCUGGGAUGCGAGCUUUUAACAGCAAAUAUCCACGUCCCGAGUUGCGACAGAUAUUUGGAAACACUUGAAUCCUUCGUAAGAGAGUGAGGCAUCAACAUCAUGGGGCGGACUGGCACUCGGCGGAGAUACCAUGAUGACGGCAUCUCGGACGAAGAGAUUGAUGGACGAAGGACGUUUGAUCUGGAAGAAAAAGUCCACAGUCAAAGGUUCAGCUCGGACCGCGUUGUUCGAAUGCAGGGAAAAGAUUUUACAUAUGAGUAUGUCCAGCGUGGAGGGUUAAGGGAUCCUAUCAUCUUUGAAAGGCCCGAUGGACUGGGAAUCAAGAUGCCAGAGCCUGAUUUCAGUGUCAGUGAUGUCAAGUUGUUUGUUGGCAGCAGGCGCAUGAUUGACGUGAUGGAUGUGAGCACUCAGAAAGGUACAGAGAUGUCCAUGGCUCAGUGGACGCGCUACUAUGAAACUCCUCCAUCGCAAAGAGAAAAACUUUACAAUGUGAUCAGUCUUGAGUUCAGCCACACCAAACUAGAGAACCUCGUCAAAAGACCCACUACUGUUGAUCAGAUUGACUGGGUGGACAACAUGUGGCCGCGUCAUUUGAAAGAAAGACAAAGAGAUGCUACAAAUUCAAUUAAUGAUAUGCAAUAUCCCAAAGUACAGAAAUAUUGUCUGAUGAGCGUUGAAGGCUGCUACACAGAUUUUCACAUUGACUUUGGAGGAACUUCAGUCUGGUACCACAUUCUCAGAGGAAGCAAGGUGUUUUGGUUGAUUCCUCCGACACCUCAGAACCUGGAGCUGUACGAGAACUGGGUGCUCUCAGGGAAACAGGGUGAUGUGUUUUUGGGAGACAGAGCCACAGACUGUCAGAGGAUCGAACUCAAGCAGGGCUACACUUUCUUCAUACCAUCAGGUUGGAUCCAUGCGGUGUAUACUCCAAUGGACUCAAUGGUUUUUGGGGGAAACUUUCUCCACAGCUUCAACAUUCCAACUCAACUCAACAUCUGUAACAUAGAGGACCGUACACGGGUGCCGGUGAAGUUCCGGUUCCCGUUUUAUUACGAGAUGUGCUGGUAUGUCCUGGAGAGAUACGUCUUCAGUUUGACCAAAACGUCAUAUCUGACUCCAGAGUUUCAGAAGCACUCCUUAGGCAUUGGUCUAAAGAAGCCUGCAGAUGCUGUUGACGACCCCAAAGCUUCGGACUCGAGUGAAGGCGAGCAGCGUUCGGAUAAGGUGAAGAUCUAUCUGACUCCAUUUGAGCUGGAGGGGCUUUGGAAUCUGCUCGGAAAACUGGAGUCUCUGCCCACCAGCAAGAAGUGCGUACCAUCAGGCAUCCACAACGCACCUGCCCUCAUGACGCACCUCAAGGCUCUGCUCAAAGAACAUGCCAAUGAUGUUCCCAAACUCUCGUACACUGGUAAACCUAUUAUCAAGUGGCCAAAGAGGCCCUCGUGGUACCAGCCUCCCCCUCCUCCCCCACCUCCCCCUCGCCCCAAACUGGCUACGACCCCCAUCGUCCCUCGGCCACAGAAACCCUCUUCAUCUAUGUCUGUGCUCAGGAGACGCAGGGUCAGGUGUAAGCGCUGUGAGGCCUGUGUGAGGACUGAGUGUGGAGAGUGUAACUUCUGCAGAGACAUGAAGAAGUUUGGGGGUCCAGGAAAACUCAAACAAACCUGUGUGCUACGCCAGUGUCUCUCUCCUGGCCUGCCUCUGUCUGCUGUGUGUGACAUCUGCAAAGACCCAAACCAAGAGGAAGAUGGACUCGCACUGAUGGAGUGUUCAAAUUGUGGACAAAUUGUGCAUCCCUCUUGUUUACGGGUGCCUGGGGAAGGAGUGAUCAAUAAAGACCUGCCGAGCUGCUGGGAGUGUCCCAAAUGUGUCCAAGGCCUCACCGAACAAGAGGCAAAGGAAAGGGGAGAUGGCCUUCCAGCAAAGCGUAAAUCGUCCUCUCUCCUGGACGCUCGAAUGGCUAAGAUCUACCGUCAGCACAGACACAGCAAAGAUGGAGACGACUCGGGCAGUGAGGACGAAGAUGAUGAAGGUUCUCGAGGCAGAAAGCUCCAUGGCCGCAGCAGUGGGACGUCCCGCAGAGGCUUGAGCUCAAGUCGAAGGGGCUUGCUGCGUGGGGGGCACAGGGGUAACCGAGGGGCCCUGUCUGCUCGGAGGGGGGCACAAGGACUGAGGGAGGGCAGCAAACGCGGGAGAGGUGUGAGGCUCAGGGGAGGGUCCAGAGUGCAGCGCAGGGGGGAUGACUCAGAGGAGAGCGAGGAUGACGAUGAAGAUGAGGACGAUGAAGACGAGGAUGAUGAAGAUGAUGAAGACGAGGAAGACAGCGAGGAAGGAGAGAAACCACGAGCGAGACAGAAACGCAGGAGAAGACGCACUGAGGAGGACGAGGAUGAGGACAGUGAGGGUGCAGAUCUGGAUGCAGAGGAUGAAGAUCUGGAUUCUAUGGAGGAAGAGGAGGAGGAAGGGCAAUGGGACUCGGACCCAGAGCCUCCAGUUUUACUCAUGUCUGACUUUAACGAUGAGCUGUUGAGUGGAGCCUGCCUCAGUGUUACCCUGCAGACUCCACACAGAGGAAAGAAGCAGAGCAGUUUGAUUGUCCCAAAGUUGGAGGCCCGGUCGAGUGGACAGGGACACAGAAAAACGCCAAAGUCAUUGAAAAAGUCAGACACCACAGACACCCCCAAAGGACCAGGAAGGCCUCGUGUAGGAUCCAAACGUGACACUAAAGACCACCCCUCUUCCUCUGAUGAGGAGUCUGCUGCUGCUGCCGCAGCCGCUGCUCUGUCCAUGUCUCCUCCGUCACUUCUGUCCUUACCUUCCUUUAAGGACAUAGGAAAUGAGAAAGGAGGAGAGAAGGAGCUGUGGGUCUCAGUGUUCAAGUAUCUGAGCAGAGCCGAACUCCUGAGCUGUAUGUUGGUCUGCAAGGCCUGGUACAAGUGGAGCUGUGACAAGCGUCUCUGGACUCAUAUGGACAUCAGCCGCUGCAGUGCACUCAGUAAUCAGGCCUUAGCCGGGAUCGUAAAGAGACAACCCACUGCUCUGGACCUGUCGUGGACUCCUGUGGCCAAAAGACAACUCAAUUGCCUCCUCACCAGGCUCCCAGGCCUCCGUGAACUGAGUGUAGCCGGUCUGUCGUGGUCCUGUCUCUCUGCUCUUGUCUGCCCCUCUCUGCCCUGUCUGCGGCUGCUCGACCUGCGCUGGUGUGAGGGGCUCAAAGACCCUCAGUUCAAAGAAAUCAUCCUGCCUCCAGGUCUGGAGUCUUCUCGCAGCCGACUGAGGAACCUGCUGGAGCUGCGUGUCUCUGGUCUGGAGAUCUCAGACUCAACGCUGAGGCUGGUUCAGAGGCACAUGCCACAGCUGCAGAGACUGGACCUGGCUCACUGCAAAGAUGUCACUGAUUCCUCCAUCGCCAUGUUAGCUGCCUCUGGCACACACACACGCCACAAUCUCUCCGAGCUCACUCUCUCAGGUUGUGUUAAGUUGACGGACGGCUGCCUGUUGUAUCUGAAGCGACUCUCGUCGCUCUCGCUGCUCGACCUCAGGGGCUGCUCCCACAUCAGCAGAAGAGGGUGUGACUCUUUCAUCUCAGACCUGUCCCACACUGCUCUGUUCUGCAUGAUGGAGGAAAAACUCAUACAGAGACUCGACUGAAAAUAUAAAUUUCUAUAAUUUAAAAUACAUAAAACUAUUUGUAUAAGCCAGAUGAUUCCUACAUUAUUCAACCAUUUCUUCACAUGCCCACAACUGUCAAAUUUACUCCAAGGUUUGUCCUAUUUUGUGCAGCUCUUAUUUGAACUGGUAAUGUCUAGUGCUGAAAUUUACUUGGCAAUAAUUUAAAAUACAUAAAUAAGCCAGAUGAUGCCUACUUUGUUCAUAUAUUUCUGCAGUAGCUCUCAAAACUACUAAAACUACCUUCUUUGUACAGUAUUUUGUAUAAAAACAUCUUUCAAA